GUGGUUUGAACGUGUGCAAGAAUUUGUGUGUGAUGUGUUCUGGAGUUUGGGAAUGUGUUUUGUGUUAUUUUGUUUGAGCAGGUUUUUUUGUGAUGAUAGAUCUUGAGAAGAUCUUUCCGACGCAACGAGAAUCCCUUCAAUCGGAGCAAGAACGCGAAAGCUAUGAAGAUUCAAAGUUCAUGAGCUUGCGUUACAAUUGCGGCGGUUACAAAGUGAAGUUGUGGGGUGACUUUAUAUGGAGUUGGGACCUUGGGGUUGGGAGAAGAUGAAUGAGAGAGGAGGAGAUGCUAAUGGAAGAGGAGCUGUAGCUGAGAAGACAAGUGAGCCGCCGCCAUCAAAAGUUGAAGCUUUGGAUGGCUCCAACUAUGAGGAAUGGAGCGGACGGAUGAGGAGUGCCUUCAAACGCUACAAGCUACUGAAGAUUGCUGUUGGGGAAGAGAAGAUGCCAGAAGAAGGCGAAGCACGCGAACCGUGGAUUGAGAAAAGCGCGGUGCUUUUCGACCUCAUCCUUCAAUCGGUCAACAAGGAGAUGUUCGAGCACAUCAAGGAUCUUGUGGAAGCGGAUGAUUCGGGUCCAAGGGCGUGGAAACUACUACGCGAUGUGAUUCAGCCCAACACUCUCCCGAUGGUGAUCGUGCUCGAGAAGGAACUUGCUGCCAUCUCCAUGCGACCAGGGGACGAUGUGAAGCCGGUCCUUGACAAGAUCAAGAACACCUAUGCAAGGAUGGCAGCAGCGGGCAGCAGUGUAUCUCAGCUGCAGCAGUGCACCAAGAUCAUCUCGGUGUUGGACAACUCUUGGGACAACCUCAUCCCCACCCUCAACUCUCAGCAAGAUCAAUGGACACCUGAGUGGCUAAGGCAGCAGAUUCUGCAGGAGGACUUCCGCAGACGCCAUGUGGGAGGCGAAGUGACAGUGUCAAGGGAUGUGAAGUUUCUUGAGUCCCUGUACUAUAAGGAAUGGAAGCAGCAGCAACAGAAGCUUCCAUCUACACCGCUCAUUGUGGAGGCAGAUGAGUUGCAGCAGCCUUCAAGACAGGUGGAGGUUGCAGUGUCAGAGGAGGAGAUGUCUGGGGUGACUGAGGAAGGGGGAGCAGCUGAAGUGGAGCAGCAACAGCAACAUGAGUCUCCACCUCGAGUUCCACAGCCGCCUGAGCGACCUAGGAGGGAUGUGCGCCCUCCUGUGAGGCUGACCUAUGGGGGAAGAGGCAAGCCAAAUGUGGUGCAGGCUGGGAGUGUGCUGGAAGCGGCCAAGAGGUUGGUCCGCUAUGUGAGUGCUACGGCAUCAGUGGGAUUGGAGUACAGUGGAGUGAGGCAGCGGUUGCAGAGAGGUGCUGCAGAUGUGAAGAGUGGAGAGAUGCUCUUGAGUUGCUAUACUGACGCUAGCUUCAACUCAGUGAAAGCGGAUGGCACCAGCAUUGGGGGAUAUGUGUGCUUGCUAGGAGGUGGUGCUGUGAGCUGGCGCAGCAAGAAGCAGAAUGAGGUGGGAUUGUCCUCAUGUGAGACUGAGUACAUGGCCUUACACCAUGGGGCCAAGGAAGUGGUGUGGCUGAGGCGCUUGUUGGAGGAGUUGGGAGUUGGUCAGGAGAAGCCGACAGUUGUGUUUUGUGACAAUGAGUCCGCUGUGAAGCUCGCCAAGAAUGCUUGUCUGCAUGGGCUGACAAAACACAUAAGGCCUAAGUGGCAUUGGGUGAGGAGACUCCUUGAUAAGGAGGUGCGGCUGGAGAUAGUGAAGACCCAUCAGCAGGCAGCAGAUAUUUUCACCAAGCGUCUGGCGGAGGCGGAUCAUUGGAAGGGCAUGAAGCUUGCUGGGAUGAGUGUGCAUUGAGUAUGCAUGCUUGAGAUGUGGUAUGGUGGAUGAUGGUUGGCAGCCAGAGGGGGAGAUUGUUGUGUGAUGUCAUCAUAUGCUAUCACAUUCUGUCUGCCUCCCAUCCCAUGUUUUCAACUUGCAUGUGUGGUUUGAAUGUGCAAGCAUUUGUGUGGUGUGUGUUCUGGAGUUUGGGAAUGUGUUCUGUGUUAUUUUUGUUUGAGCAGGUAUUUGUGAUGAUAGAUCUUGAGAAGAUCUUUCCGACGCAACAAGAAUCGCUUCAAUCGGAGCAAGAACGCGAAAGCUAUGAAGAUUCAAAGUUCAUGAGCUUGCGUUACAAUUGCGGCGGUUACUAAGUGAAGUUGUGGGGUGACUUUAUAUGGAGUUGGGACCUUUGGGGUUGGGGAAACUUGUCACUCUACUGUAACAGCUGCAAAUAGGUUGGGAACAACCAAGCUAGGUUGGCAAGGGUGGCCAACUUGGAUGGAUUGGUUGGGAAGGGACAAAGGUCAAAGUUGAGGUUCCUAUAGGGAGGGAAUCUUUGUGCUUAUGGGGUUUCCUUGGUUGGGGACUCUCUUGGGACCUUCCCUCUCAUCCCUCUCUUCCUAUCCCAACCUUUCUCUUGCUCCUUCUAAUUCCUUGUGAGAUUCUUGAACUUUGAUUGAACCUUUGAGAUUGAGUUAAGUUCUC